AUGCACAAGUCUGGAAAGACGCGUUCUAAGACAGGGUGUCGAACGUGCCGCAUUCGCAAGGUGAAAUGUGACGAGGGAAAGCAGUUGGUCCAAGGACAGAACGAACCACAUUGUAAACGAUGCGUUGUCGCCGGUAUCCGAUGCGAGUGGAGGGGUGGGCCCAUUCCACGCAAGUCAAAGCCAGCCUCAUCUUCCCCCGCGACUGCAUUGGACAAUGGCCUUGAAAAUGGGACAACACAGAGUGCCAACGAUGCUAGUCAUAUGGUUCGAAGGCCGUCCCUGCCACAUGGUCAAUCGACAUUUUUGUCGCGCAAUGCACCAUUGAUGCCCGCGCGUGAUCCCAGCCUCCUGGGAAACAACAACCUGGUACAAGCUGCUAAUUCUCUCACCCUGUCUGCAUUUGAUCGAGACUGUCUUGGUUAUCUUCAGAACUCGACACUUGUCGUGAUUUUGGGAAAACACUGGCCAUGGUCGACAGUGUCCUACGCCUAUCAUAAGAUUAGCGUGAAAGAACCAAUGGUCAUGAGUAUGAUUCUAGCCAGCACUGCACGCGAAAUCCAUCGUUCCCGGCUUCAUGACCAAGAAGCUUCAAUUACACCAACCCUGAGCACUGAAAAUCGUGAACUAGAUGGACGUAUGCACUACGGUCGCGCCCUGUCAAGUCUGCGCCAUGCACUUAAACAAGAUGUUAAAUCGUCACAGAAGAUAGAAGCCAUAUUCGUCACGCUGUGGCUCAUGAUUGACUAUGAAAAUCGAUUCGGUAACGGAGCGACUGCAAUUAACAUUCACAUCCGUGGUAUUGAAAGUCUUCUGCACAACCAUGUUGUACCUUUGCUCCAGGCACCGGGGGACGCUUCCCAAGGCCAAGGGGCCGGGGGCUCGUCUACAGCGGCAAUAAUAUCGAGUGGUGAAGAUACUGUACGAAAGAGACAUGUUGAUAUCCAGCCAAUGCCCUCGGACGAAAUAGGCACUGAGGGGACUUCUGAUGCUGCCACAUCAAUUCCGGAUUCUUUGCGAGGACUUCGCUGCACAUCAGUGCCUCUCUUUCUGCUUUGGACCCUUUACUUUUUCACACCUGCAGCUCUUUUUUUCGGGCCUGCCACUACAAGACUGGAUACCAAUAUCUUUCAAUUCUUCUUGGGAGCUCAGAGUGAGAGCACAACGCAGAUUUCUCUUCCAGAGCUUUACCGAAUAAGUAGGCAGUCUCCCGCCCGAUUCUGGGGCGAAAAAUACCCCCUGUCUUCUCAAUUAGAUGAUAUGGAGAACCUUCCUGGCCUCACCCUGUACCAUCGAAGCCACGUCGCACAGUUUAAAAUCACGGAGCUAUUCAAACAGGGUGUGCCUAAUGGAGUCAACUCUGGAGUUGAAACGCCCUAUCAACAGAUUGUCGAUGAGAUAAACACAAUAUCUAUGGAAUAUGACACAGUUCUAACCACCGCUAGAGCAGCGCCUUCAUGUGAAUCUAUUGGUGAUAACCGCCGAGUAAUGGAGACCGUGUAUUGGUCUCGACGCAAGCUCGCAACAAUCUCAUGUCUCUCCCAAACGGCUGUAUCCCAGGUUCUUGAGCUGAGCCUGAAACUCCAUCGCAGCCGACCCCGUCUCAUGAUUCGAAUUGCCUGGCCUUUAUUCCUUGCUGGAAUUGCGACUCCGGAUCAGAUUUAUCAGGACUGGGUAGCCAUUCGACUGCGUGAGCUGGGUCGAUAUGGACAGAAUUAUACCCGCAUCAGCAAACGCUUUGAUGAGAUAAUUCAAGGGGGUCAAGCCUAUGUAUACAAUAGAGAGGACCUUGCCUUGAGUAACUCACAUAGCUAG